CAGAACAAUAACAGCCACACUUAGAUAUGGUACUGACAAUUGUUCAGUGUAUCUAGCUUAGCUGUAUCAAUAGUCGUGAUGUUUACUACAAAACGAAUCAACACUAUCGUUAUUGUGUUGAUAUUUCUCCUGCAAAUUAGUAGAACUCUAGGACAGGAGUAUUCGGCAACUCUGGAUUUAUUUAAUGAAAAACUGAGCAGCUCGAAUUAUAAUCCUAAAGUGAGACCCAUACUGAAACAGUCAGCUGUUCUAGAAGUUCAAGUGGGAUUCGAACUCGUGUCUAUAGUUGAAGUCGAUGACAUCCAGCAGAGUUUUACCUGCAAUGGUUUCCUUGCUUUCUACUGGAGAGAUGAGAUCCUGGUCUGGAACUCCAGCCAGUACGGUGGUCAGAAGGUCCUGCAUCCGUUUCCUGAGGACAUCUGGAGACCUCGUGUUGUCGUGAUGAAUACUUUAAAGGACAGAGAUCCCUUCAAGGAUGAUUACAGCCCUGUGUUUGUGUCAAGCGAUGGUUGGAUCUACUGGAUACCUGGGUCUUUGUUUGCAACCUAUUGUGAGCUGGACCUAACAGACUACCCAUUCGACCACCAGACCUGCACAAUACAAUUUGUUGCCAUGACGUUGUCCUCUGACGAGAUGAGUUUUAAAACAAUGUCCACCGACAUGGGCUUGACCUUCUUCACCAAGAACGGCGAGUGGGAGCUACUGGACACUAGCAUGAAAACGUCCAUUCUCAACACAGGAUCUCUGUACAUGUCUUCCAUCGAGGUGACGUUUGUGAUGAAGAGAAGACCAAAUUUUCUUCUAAUAAACAUCAUACUCCCAGUUGUGUUUCUGUCAUUUCUCAACCUUCUGGUGUUUUUUAUACCAGUCAACUCAGGGGAGAAAGUCGGAUACGGCAUCACAGUCCUACUGGCACUGUCCGUCUACAUGAGUAUCGUCAGCAACCUGUUGCCCAGCUCUUCCUCAACUACUCCAAGGCUCACCCUCUACCUCUUCAUCCUUCUUAUCUUCUCAAUGUUGACAGUCAUCGUUAGUAUCGUCAUCGUCUUUAUACACAACCUAGAAGAGAGAGAAGUAGCACACCUGAAAGCAAAGGCAAAUUUCAGAUCUGCUUUGAAGAAAGUCAACUACUUUAGAACGGCCACUGCCCGUAUGGAAAAUCUAUCAAGAAAUGAUGCUAAACCACAGGAAGAACAGUCACUAACGAACGACUUUUCCAAACUUGACGAUGCCAAAUUUCAGCACGGAGAAACGGAAGAUAGACAAACCCAGGACGAUAGCCCGCAAAAACCAAAGGUGAAUAAAUACAAGUUAAUUGGAAAACAUAUUGACCUGAUUUCCUUUGUGAUAUUUUUUAUUAUUUGGAUAGGUGUGACUCUUGGAUUCCUGUUCAGUAUCGCCUUUUAGAUUGUUAUAUUUUUA